AUGGUGGCCUACACAGCUCCAGAGGGUUAUGGCACGACUCUUCUGGUCGUGACCUGGGUCGAGUGCUCGAUUGCCUUGCUGCUCUUGUUGGCGCGAAUUUACACUACCUGGAGAAUCACUCGGCACAUCCGGUCGGACCUCUACCUUGCCUUGUUUACCUUUGUAUACAUCAACUAUGGUAUCGGCGCUCACCAAGAUAAACUUACAUCGGGGCAGAUCAGUUCUGCAAUCAAAUGGAGCUGGAUGAACCAGGCCCUCGGCAUUUUCGCCAUAGCGUCAGGGAAGCUGGCUAUUGUCGCAUUCCUUCAGCAAAUUCAUGGUCCUGAACAUCGAGGUCGAGUCAUCCUGUUAUGGAGCGCGGCGGUCAGUAACCUCGUCAUCAAUUGUAUUACCAUUGGUAUGAUCAUGACACAGUGCUCGCCACGCGCAAAACUCUGGCAUGACACGCUACCCGGGACAUGCGAUGGACGACUGCGGAAUCAGAACACGGCUUAUUUUCAAGGCAGUUCGUUCUCUCCCCUCUAG